UCAGAAGUUGGAAGGGAUCAUAAAGCCCUCUAAGAAAAGAGUUUGGGAAUGUUCUCCAUUGCUGUCACUUUUCCUCCAAAAAUAACCUGGCUUGGAAGUCACUGUUCCAAAGGGAAUUUGAUUCCCCAUAGAAAUUGGAGACAAGGUAAUGCAAUUAGAGAGGAACAGCUGUAUUUCUGCUUGAGUAACAAACCCACUAACAGAUUCUGGUACGAAUUUUGGAGACAUAAAGAGAAUGAGUGUAUGUACCUUAAGUGUACCAGUUUCCUCACUCUCUCCUGGCAGACGAUGCAGCACUUUUAGUGGUGCUGGGAUUCUGGGAUGUGUUCCUAUUAAUUCGAAUACAGAUGAAGAAGGUGUGGUAGAGGGAAAGAUGGUGGCAGAAGGAAUGGAUAAAGAGGCAAAAUUGCCUGCUAAAAAGAAAAGAAAGAAGGGUUUACGGAUUAAGGGGAAAAGGCGAAGGAAAAAACUGAUCCUUGCGAAAAAGUUUAAGGAUUUGGGAUCUGGGAGGCCUGUUGCAGAUGCCCCUGCUUUAUUAGCUUCCAGUGCCCAUGAGCAGGAUGAAGAAAGUCUUUUUGAGAGCAAUAUAGAAAAACAGAUCUAUCUACCUAGUACCAGAGCCAAGACCUCCAUUGUAUGGCACUUCUUUCAUGUUGACCCCCAGUAUACCUGGCGAGCUAUUUGUAACCUCUGUGAAAAAAGUGUUAGCAGGGGCAAACCAGGCAGCCAUCUGGGGACAUCUACUCUACAACGACAUCUGCAGGCAAGGCAUUCACCUCACUGGACCAGGGCCAACAAAUACGGAGUCACUAGUGGGGAGGAGGAUUUUACUUUGGAUGUGCCUUUAUCUCCCUCUUCUGCUGGAAGCAGUGGAAGCUUUGAAUAUAUGUCUACUGAUCCAUUAGAUGAAAACAGAAUGGGUAAGAAACGUGAUAAAUCCGUAUCUGAUGCCCUGAGGGCAGAAAGAGGGAGAUUUCUCAUCAAAAGUAAUAUUGUCAAGCAUGCCUUAAUUCCUGGAACAAGAGCCAAGACAUCUGCAGUUUGGAAUUUUUUUUAUACUGAUCCUCAGCACAUCUCAAGAGCUGUGUGUAAUAUAUGUAAAAGAAGUGUGAGCCGGGGUAGGCCAGGUUCUCACUUAGGAACUUCAACUCUUCAACGACACCUGCAGGCCACACAUCCCAUCCAUUGGGCUGUUGCCAACAAAGACAGUUGUGCGGUUGGAAAUGGAUUAGAUGAGGCUGAGACUGAGAGAAAUGAUCUCUUAAGCAAUCCUCUGCAUGGAGAGAAGUCUACAGGCAGCCAUGAUUUAACAGCUGAGGACCUUAGUGACUCUGAUUCAGAUGAACCUCCUGUGUUAGAGGUUGAAAAUAGUAGAAGAUCUGAGAGUCCUAUUCCUAUUGCGGAGCAAGACGCUCUGACACAUGCACAGGAGGGAGAAACAACAUAUUCCGAAAAUUCAGUCUCAAGUCAAAUAAGUCAGGCAAUUAUUCAAAUGAUUGUGGAGGAUAUGCAUCCUUACAACUACUUCUCAACUCCAGCCUUUCAGAGGUUCAUGCAGAUUGUGGCCCCUGACUAUAGGUUACCAUCUGAGACUUACUUUUUCACAAAGGCUGUACCUCAAUUAUAUGAUUGGGUCAGAGAAAAAAUUUUCUUAACUUUGGAGAAUGUUCAAAGCCAAAAGAUCCACCUGACUGUGGACAUAUGGACCCAUGACCCAUCCACUGACUAUUUCAUUGUGACUGUACACUGGGUCUCUUUGGAAACUGCACCUUCUUCCAGUAAUGGCAGGAUCCCCAAUUUCAGAAAGUGGGCAGUACUUUGUGUAACAGGGUUGGCCAAAGACUGCUUGAUAACCAACAUUUUACAAGAAUUAAAUGACCAGAUUGGUCUGUGGCUUUCUCCUAAUUUCCUUAUUCCUAGCUUCAUUGUUUCUGAUAAUUCCUCUAACGUGGUACAUGCAAUCAAAGAUGGCGGUUUUACCCAUGUGCCGUGCUUCCUGCAUUGUUUAAAUAUAGUCAUUCAGGACUUUUUCUGUGAGCACAAAAGCAUUGAGAAUAUGUUAGUAGCUGCUAGGAAAACCUGUCAUCAUUUUAGUCAUUCAGUCAAGGCCCGUCAGAUUCUACAGGAGUUCCAAAAUGAUCACCAGCUUCCAUGGAAGAAUUUGAAGCAGGAUGAAACUGGCCAUUGGAUUUCAACCUUUUAUAUGUUAAAAUGGCUCUUGGAGCAUUGCUACUCAGUUCACCAUAGUCUUGGUAGAGCUAGUGGAGUUGUGCUCACCUCCCUUCAGUGGACUCUAAUGACUUACGUUUGUGAUAUUCUUAAACCAUUUGAGGAGGCCACCCAGAAAGUGAGUGUCAAGACCACAGGAUUGAAUCAGGUGCUCCCCCUAAUCCAUCAUCUGCUCCUUUCUCUGCAGAAACUCAGAGAAGAUUUUCAAAUAAGAGGUAUUACUCAGGCACUCAAUCUGGUGGACAGUUUAUCUCUGAAACUUGAAACUGAUACCCUACUGAGUGCUAUGCUUAAAUCUAAGCCCUGUAUCUUGGCUGCUUUGUUAGAUCCUUGCUUUAAAAACAGUUUGGAAGACUUUUUCCCUCAAGGUGCUGAUUUAGAAACUUAUAAGCAGAUCCUUGCAGAAGAAGUUUGCAAUUAUAUGGAAUCUUCAGAGGUCUGCCAUAUUGCAACUUCAGAUGCUUCUGGUCCCUCAGCCAUUGUAGGAGCUGAUUCGUUUACCUCAUCUAUAAGAGAAGGCACCUCCAGUUCAGGGUCUUUUGAUAGCUCAGCUGUAGAUAAUGUUGCCAUUGGAAGCAAAAGCUUCAUGUUUCCUUCUGCCAUAGCAGUAGUGGAUGAGUACUUCAAAGAGAAGUAUUCAGAGAUCUCAGGAGGUGGUGACCCUUUGAUUUACUGGCAGAGGAAGGUGAGCAUAUGGCCAGCUUUGACCCAAGUUGCCAUUCAGUAUCUAAGCUGCCCCAUGUGUAGUUGGCAGUCUGAAUGUAUCUUUACUGCAAAUAGCCAGUUUCAUCCAAAACAGAUCAUGAGCCUGGACUUUGACAAUAUAGAACAGCUGAUGUUUUUGAAAAUGAACUUGAAAAAUGUUAACUAUGAUUAUUCUACGUUGGUUCUGAGCUGGGAUCCUGGGAAUGAAGUUAUUCAAAGCAAUGAAAAAGAAAUACUACCUUAAUUUCUUUUUCCUUUUUCCAUUUGAAAUGGGCAACUUGUUGCUAUGUUACUGUAUCCUAAUUGCUAUAGUUGUUAUAUAUAGUUAUACUAAUUAUUCUUUAUACGCAAAUCUGGGGAAACCUAAAAACACAAAACGUGCUGAAAAUUCCUCAGAGGAUUAAUAAUCUGACAAAGCGAAGAUUAAAAAUUUCACAGUAGUAACUCAUUGUAGCUGUCUCUUGAAAUUUUGUUUAUACCAGUUAAGAGAGAAAAGAUACUUUUUAACUUAAAAAAUAUAGUGCAGCAUUGAAAGGCUUUAGGCUAUUUCUGGCUGGUAGAUUGAACUUGUAAUUGGUUUUAAGUAAAAAUUUCUCCCAUCAUGGGAAGUUUGAUUGCUCUGAAACCAAUGAAAUUGAGGGAAAAACACAUACUAAGCAGGUAUUCCUCCCCUUCUCUCCCAUUUUUCUAGUUUUUUAAAAACCCUGAUCCGUACAGCUUGGCAAAAGCAAAACUCAUGAAAUUUGGAAAUUUCUAAUUGCCUCCUCAUACUGGUCAGCUUUAUCAUUUCAACUUACUGAGUGUGAUAGAGUUACCCUUUAUAUUUAGGAUUGGAUCUAUGUAAAA